ACGGAUGACAGCGAGAGCGCAGCCCCCUCGCCCGAUUGAUUUAUGUCGGAGCUGACGCUUUAUCAGGCAGUCGGAAAAACUUUGACCAAUCAUUUUGCAAGGAACGCUGAGCCAGGCUGCUCCACUGUACUUUGUUGGCUGAGAAGUUGAACAGGGGGUGGGGGUGGAAGGGUGGGGGGCUGGGGGGGGUCGCGUCCGAAAGCCCUCACACCGGUCUGGGUGCCACCUCUCCCUGCUUGGGCGCCGCAGAGCGAGCGCUUCCCUUCCCCCUGCGAGCGCCCGGAUAAUGUCUGAGAAUGUCCAUUUCUGGGACGCUUAGCAGCUAUUAUGUCGACUCGAUCAUAAGUCACGAGAGUGAGGACGCGCCUCCAGCCAAGUUUCCUUCCGGCCAGUACGCGAGCCCCCGGCAGCCGGGCCACGCGGAGCACCUGGAGUUCCCCUCGUGCAGCUUCCAGCCCAAAGCGCCGGUGUUCGGCGCCUCCUGGGCGCCGCUGAGCCCUCACGCGUCCGGGAGCCUGCCGUCCGUCUACCACCCCUACAUCCAGCCCCAGGGCGUUCCGCCGGCCGAGAGCAGGUACCUCCGCACCUGGCUGGAGCCGGCGCCGCGCGGCGAAGCUGCUCCGGGGCAGGGCCAGGCGGCGGUGAAGGCGGAGCCGCUGCUGGGCGCGCCUGGGGAGCUACUCAAACAGGGCACGCCCGAGUACAGUUUGGAAACUUCGGCGGGCAGGGAGGCCGUCCUGUCUAAUCAAAGACCCGGCUACGGGGACAAUAAAAUUUGCGAAGGAAGCGAGGACAAAGAGAGGCCGGAUCAAACCAACCCUUCCGCCAACUGGCUGCACGCUCGCUCUUCCCGGAAAAAGCGCUGUCCCUACACCAAAUACCAGACGCUGGAGCUAGAGAAGGAGUUUCUGUUCAAUAUGUACCUCACCAGGGACCGUAGGCACGAAGUGGCCAGACUCCUCAAUCUGAGUGAGAGACAAGUCAAAAUCUGGUUUCAGAACCGGCGGAUGAAAAUGAAGAAAAUGAAUAAGGAACAGGGCAAAGAGUGAAGCUGCCCCUGGCCCU